AUGGACGCGGAACCGAGACAGAGGGCCGUUCGCGCGGAACCCGUAGUGACGGCACCGGAAAUUGACCCAGAGGAAUCGUCCGAGCCGGGAACAAGCGAGCAAGAAAUCGAGAAAGUUUCGUGUUACACUCCCGUAGCACAGUUAAUGUCCAUGAAACAGGAUGUCGUUCUACAAAUAGUCAUACCACAUCAGACCAGUGCUGUCAACAAAUACGAAAACGCGCAUGCAAACGCCAAACAAACCAUAAAGCAUGGCCGCGAGUCUGACUACAACAAUCUGCGGAAACGUUUUUCUAUCAACACCUGGCUUAAUUUCACAGACUCCAAUUCGCCAAAGGAGAUUCUAAAUCUUUACUGCAAGGAGAUAUUCGCGAAACACGUCAAUGCGAUUCUGAGUCUCAAUUAUGGAACAGAUACGGCGUCUUCGAAUAACUAUAUCAUGAAGUUAGCGGAGAACCUUGGAUAUCCGGUUAUCAGUUGGGAUCCAAACUACCCAGGGGCCUUGGAGAUGGACCAGAAUUCCAGGGUGCUGCAAAUAGCGCCGACGAUCAACCACCAAUGUGAGGGGAUGCACCGGAUCCUCAGUCGCUACAACUGGACGGAUUUUGCAAUCGUCACGACGAAGAUCACCAGCAAUGAUGACUUCAUCUCUUGCAUGCGCAGCAUGGUUACCCGAACAAGUGUGACGCAGGGUUACACUACGACCGCACAGUCAGAAGAAGCUUUGGACAUCAUGGACGUUGCCAAGGAGAUGGGACUGACCGGUCAGAACUAUAUGUGGCUGCUGACGUCCGCCAGUAUGGGCGAACACAUCGGCAGAAGUAUCCUGUACAACAACUCGCAAGAGGUCAUAGAGGCGGCUAUAGAGACAUCAGUAAAGUUGUGGGCUCUUGGAUUGGAGGCAUUGGCCAAGCAGGACCUCUUUCUCGACCAGACCCGGAUGUACCCUGAAAAUACGUGCGCGACUUCCCGGCUUACGUUUUGGAGGGACGGUGAUCGUCUAUACAGGGCGAUUAAAGGAAUAACCUUAGAGAACCCACCCGUGUCAUUCACUGAUAAUGGUAUCAUCGAGAACGUGGCGUUGAAGAUUUAUAACAGCCGGCCGCUUUCUAACUCUCACUCUCUGGCAAGAUGGGGCUCAAAUAAAUGGAUAGAGGUUGGCGACAUUGUACCAAAAAAGAAUGGAGAUAAGUCUGAGAUGACGCUUGAAAUGAACGAAGUGGUGUGGCCAGGGGGAGCAGUGUCACCGCCAAAGGGACGACCGGAAAAGCGCUUCUUUCGGAUUGUGACUUUAAAAGAGGAGCCUUACAUAAUGUACGUUCCACCUGACGCGGAGACUGGCAAGUGUACCGGUUAUUCAGUACCCUGUAAAUUGAACCAGAAAAACAUGAAUGCUACAAUAGACGAGAAGGAUGGUAUGGUUAACUAUUGCUGUACGGGGCUGUGUGUUGACCUGCUCAAGGUGUUUAGUGAAAAGCUCAUGUUUGACUAUGAACUGUACGAGGUCAGGGACGGCUUAUGGGGAAUAAAAAACGAGAAAGGCGAUUGGAAUGGGCUCGUUAAAGAGAUGCAAGAGAAAAAGGCGGACAUGGUUAUAACCUCCAUCAAGAUAACUCACCAGCGCUCCACCGCGAUGGAUUUCUCCACGCCCUUUCUGGAGACCGGUAUCACAAUUUUGGUCGCCCUGCGCAAAGGAGCAAUAUCCGCAACUGCUUUUCUCGAACCGUAUGAUUUUCCCUCCUGGUGCCUCAUUCUUGUGUUUAGCGUCCACGCGUCUGGCUCUUCAAUCUUUAUAUUUGAAUGGCUAAGUCCGAGUGGCCUGGACAGGGGGAGGCGCUCUUUGCGAGAACAUAAAUUCUCAUUAUUUCGUUCCUUCUGGCUUAUCUGGGCCAUGCUGUUUGGAGCGUCCGUCUCCACGGAUAACCCGAGGGGAAUGUCGAGCAGAUUUCUGGCAAAUGUCUGGGCUCUUUUUGCCCUAGUCUUUCUUGCGAGUUACACUGCAAAUUUGGCUGCCUUCAUGAUCACAAUUGACGAAUAUUACGACCUAAGUGGGAUCCAGGACUGGCGUUUGGCGAACCCGACUGCCGUUACGCCGCAUUUUAAGUUUGCAACGCUACCCGGAGGGAGUACGGAGGACAACAUACGCAUGAAGUACCCGCGGAUGCAUCGCUAUAUGCAGAAGUACAACAAGACGUCUGUUGACGCCGGAAUCCGCGCUCUUUUAGCAGGAGAAAUCCACGCGUUCAUUUAUGAUGCUACGGUACUGGAAUACAAAUCCGGAAGGGCCAAAGAAUGCGAUCUCCUCACUGUCGGCAAGUGGUACGCCAUGACAGGGUAUGGCGUAGGUUUUCCCAAGGGCUCUCUUGUAGUCGGAGAAAUUGACAAGAUCAUUUUGGAUCUUCAGAGAAACGGUGAACUGGAUCGUCUACAGAAGUUCUGGCUGGCGGGAGCCUGUCAUUCAAAAAAGGAUAAGAAGAACAAAACAAGCAAUAAAAUUGGCGUACCGAAUUUUACCAGUGCAUUCAUCUUGCUUGCGUCUGGAGUCACAUUGGCCACAGUCUUGAUGUUGUUGGAGCAUGCGUACUUUAAGUUUGGUCGCCGAUGUCUCAAGAAAUAUGACAAAACAGGCUGGUGUGCACUUGUAAGCCUGAGUAUGGGUAAAUCGCUUACAUUUGAGCAGUCUGUGAUAGAUACAAUAGACUUUCAUAAUCGGCAUCGCUGCAAAGACCCGAUAUGUGAGACGCAACUUUGGAAGGCCAAACACGAGCUGGAUCUUGCACUGUUUAGACUACAGCGAAUGAAAGAUGAAUUACUGGAUAAAAGUUAUUCCGAGGCGGAAAAUAUCGGUAAUUUAUCUGAUAGUGAUAAAAAACGUUUGCAUUUCCGUCGCUCACCUAGCUAUACAAAUGCUAUCUCGGUUGAGAGUGACAAUCCUGAUACCCCUGAGCGGGCGGUGUCAGACGCUACCAGCGCCCCGCCCCCGAUCCAAGUAGAGAUAAGCCACAAGCGUUUGCCAUCGUAUUCUCAAGCGGUUGACAUGUCACCAGUGAUUGAUAAACGAGACGUAGAUAAAAGUCCUGCUGCGACAAAGUCAAAAUACUUUGAAGGAAAAUAUUAUGUUGGAGUAACCAAUCAAAACGACGACAGUGAGUUGUGA